AUGGCUCUUCGAAUCAACCUUCCUCUCAUCACGCGGGUCCUACUUGCCACUAUCGUCGCCCUGUCGUUUCUUUACAACAUCGCUCGAUGGAGGCUGUCGUCAAGUAGUCCCAGCAUCGAAGACCCCAGCGGCACAACCCUCUCUCCGUCUCCAACCGUGCCGUACCUAGCGCUGGUUCCGUCUCAAUGCAUAUGGUACCCUUGGACCUUCCUCAGCGCAACCUUUGUCGAGCAAAACAUCCUGACGCUUCUCGUUAAUGGCACCAACAUUUUCUUUGGUGGGAAAUACCUUGAAAGAGCAUGGGGAAGUCGGGGCUUCGUCUAUGUCAUUCUCAUAUCUUCAGUGAUACCCAACCUAAUAAUGGUUGUGACCUACAUUACCUGGGCUGGCUUGAGUGGAAACCCUGAGCGAGCCUUGACCCCGAUCACGGGAGGCGUCUCCACGCAAGCAGCUUUCCUGGUUGCCUUCAAGCAGCUCGUUCCCGAGCAUACCGUCAGCAUAUACAAAGGCAUGAUCAAGAUGCGAGUCAAGCAUUUCCCGGCAGUCUUCCUCGCUCUCAACACCCUCUCCGGCCUCAUACUAGGUACUGACGUUGCAUUGUUCCUCGCUUGGUACGGCCUGAUCACCACCUGGACAUAUCUGCGGUUUUACAAACGCCAGCCCGACAUUUCGGGAUCGGCCACGGAUGGUCGGGGUCUGAAGGGUGACGCAAGCGAGACAUUUGCCUUUGCGACGUUCUUUCCGAACGUGGUCCAGCCACCGAUUGCCGCUUUUUGCAACCAGAUAUACAUCCUGCUUUGCAACCUGAAAUUAUGCACGCCCUUUUCCGACGAAGAAAUUGCAAGCGGAAAUGAACAAGCUGCCGCAAGAGGGGAGGCUGGUCUCCCCAGUUUCAACAAAGCACGCGGCGCAAGGGGCAUCAGCAAGCGCGAAGAGGCAGAGCGCCGACGAGCCCUGGCCCUCAAGGCGCUGGAUGAGCGUCUGAAUGCGGCUGCUGCGCGAAACCAAGUACAACCUACCACCGCUAGCGCGCCUGAUCUCCCCAAGGGCCAUGAAAUGCUUGGACAGACGGAUUAUCGCCCUGAUGAAUGA